AUGAACAAAACAGACUUCAAAGGAAGAGCCGACUCUCUCACGAACAUCCACAACGAGUAUCCUCGCUCGAAAGUCAGCGACACAAGACCAAGCGCACAGAGGCGAAGCGUUCUGCGAAGUGUACCGCUCGAUUCCAAGUACUCGUUCGACCUCUCCCACGAGAUUCAACGGGCCUGGUCGACAGAGCUCACCUGCUGCCCGGACCUGCACGCCGGACAACUAUCCAGUCUCGUCCCUCGUCCUCCCCCCCUCUCCAACUACCGCAAACCGCUCUCUCACCACCUUUCCACGCCCGACUCCCUCUUCCAGUCCCUCACUUCGCGCCCCGUCAACCCGCAACCCGGCUCGCCGCUCUUCUCCAAGCUCCCGCCCGAAAUCCGCGAGCAGAUCUACUCCCACCUCCUCACAUACUCGGGCGUCAUUCUCUGCGUGACGGACGGCGGCCUGCCCACGCCGCGCUACGGGCUGGAGCCCGGCAUCCUGACGACCUGCCGGCGCGCGGCGCUGGAGGCGCUACCGCUACUAUACGGCGGCCGCAACCGCUUCUCCGUCUUCCACAUCCCGAACCUGCUGCGGUCGCGCGGCGCGCCGCCGCGGUUCGCGCUGUGGCCACGCUGCUUCGCGCUCGUGCGCCGCCUCAACGUCGACGUGCCCGACAAGUUCAUCGAGCGCUGGUACCGCGCGCCGUGGAGCGCCGCGGCCGACGGCUUCGAGAGCUACGCCGCCGUGACGGGCGCGCUGGUCGCUCUGGCGGCGCGGAGCGGCCGUCUGAGGCACCUGCAGCUGAGCCUGGUGCGGAACUGCGCGCUCGAGAGCUACACGUCGUGGGGCCCGUACGUCGCGGAGGAGGCGCCGCUCAUGCAGGCAAUUGCGAAGCACUUCUUGCCGGGCGUCUUCGGGGACGGCUUUGCGGGCGCGGACGGGAGGAGCGCGACGUUCUUGCUUGUGGUGCCGUGCGGAUCGGCGAGUGCGGCUGGCGGGCCGGAGGCGCAGAGGGCGUUUGAUGUGCUGAGGCCGGAUGCCCCCGCGGUGGUACAUGCGGUGGCGAGAAGCUUAGGAACUCUCCAGAAGACAGCGAGGCUUAAUGGGUUGAAGUUGGAGGACAGUCUGAAGGUGGUGGUCAAGGAGAAUGAUGGAGACGGGGACGAAGUCAUCUGUGGGGAAUCAAGAACAGAAAUUUUAGUAGACGAAGAGAGUCAACAUGAGAGUGAAGGAAACAGAGUCAUCGCGCUUGAGGUGUCAUUUUAG